UUUUCUGGGCCUGGGCCGGAGAGGCUGUUCACACUCAAAUGUUUGUCCUUUGAUAGUUCUGCGCUCCUCCUGCACUUCUCUUUCCCGCUUACAUCGAUAACACCCUCUUUCCUAUAUAACAGCGCCCCUGUUACUGCAGCCCCAUUCACCCUUAUCCUGACUAGCCAGCAACAAAUACAAAAGUUGCUCAUUGGAAGCCAUGGAUGCCAAUUCGCCCUACGAUGACUGGUCGAAACACAUUCACGCUGUCAUCACCUUUCUCAAGCCCUACUUCGACGACUGGCGCAGCUAUGUCACCCUCGUCAGUGUCUUCCUCGGCAUCGGAGUCUUGAUCAUGGAGAGCCAGGUCCUGUUGCGGAUGCGGAUGGGGCGCUGGGAGAUCGUCGGCUAUGUUAUCUGGUGCCUUAUAUCCUCAUUUCUGGGACCUGUCUUUGAUAUAUUGGUCAUGGUCGGACUCUUUCUCUACUGCAGGCACAAGAGUAAUCGCCUGCACAUCACAUAUGAAUCGAUUGCAAAAGCUCUUUUGCCAGCGCCGGUCGCCAGGAAUUAUCGAGUCAUGGGAGGCGUGUGCAUUGCAGCGACGAUCCUCACUCUCACAUCCAAUGUCCUAUAUAUGCUCCGUGGAUGGAAAGAGCCAGAGUUCUUUUUUGACCGGUCCUCGGAAGUUGUCCGUUGGUUGACCAGUCAAAUCUGGUAUGCGAUCGGCAUGAUCUUUUUGUUCCAUGUGGUGACACGGCCUGCCCAAAGCGGCGUUGUUUUCUUUGGCAAGUUUCCACGCGACCUUUGGGCGUACAAGUGGUGUCUGUUUAUCCUAUAUAUUCCUGUGCAUUAUUUGCUGCUGGAGCUAUGCGAUAUUCAUCGGGAUACCAAGGAGAUUUUGGUCCCACUCGAGAUUCUCGUCGAUAUCAUACUCUACAAUGGUCCCUUCCUGAUUGUCCUGCUGAGGAUCUUAUACUGGGCAUGGAAGGUCGCAUACGAUGAGGCGGCUUUGACAGGGGCCAUUUUCGAGGACGAGAGCUCGAGUGGAAGUCACCGCACAAGAUCAGGAGGCCGCCAAGGCAGCGGAGAUUACGUUGGAUUGGCCAUGGUGGACCUGGAUGAGGUCGAGCGCGGUCAAAGCAACGGUGACCAUAACGGGGAAGGCGUUCAAUCACAAUCGCUAUCAAAGAAGGCGAAUUCGGUACCUGGACAGCACGAUGAGCAUGUGUAUGUGCUGGAAGACGAAGACGAAGACGAGGAGGCACAGGACACGUCAGGAUCAUCCCAAAGUCCUGCAGAGAGCCCAUUAAAGGCCAAGAGUUCUGCCACGAAAAACGUCGCUUUCGAUAGGGAUACGACAGGGAACGAUACGGAUAGAGAACAUGGGGACCUGGGUUUAGGACAAGUCGAUAGUCAGACGGAGCAUCUGCUCGUUUGAGCCGACAUCUAAUGUCUACUGAGCAUUUUCCAUAGAUACCCUGGCUUGCUUUUAUACUCUUCUGUUCUUCUACAAAUCCAUCAUCAUUAACCGCCAUUCUCCCACACUUACGGUCUGUAGCAACAAUAAAAAAAAUAAAAUCGAUCUGUACAAU